AUGCACGACGACCGGGACUACGAGUCCGGCCCGGCCCCGACCCCCGUCGACGAGGAGCUCUUCAGCAUGGGCGACAAGGCGGCGACCGCGCGGACGGCCCGCCGCGGCGCCGUGACGCGCGUGUCCAUCGACAGCUGGGAGGAGCGGGGCUACGCCGUCGUCAAGAUGACGAGCAGGGACCGGCCCAGGCUGCUCUUCGACACGGUGUGCUCGCUCACCGACAUGCACUACGUCGUCUUCCACGCUACCGUCGGUUCCCAGGGGGCUCUUGCCAUUCAGGAAUAUUACAUCCGGCACAAGGACGGGCGCACGGUCGACAGCAGCGCCGAGCGGCAGAAGGUCUCCCGGUGCCUCGUGGCCGCGGUGGAGCGGAGGGCCACUCAUGUCAGGCUCGCUCGACCAUUCCUCGCGGCUGGCGUGAGGGUGGAGGUGCGCGCCGCCGACCGGUCGGGGUUGCUAUCGGAUUUCACCAGGGUGCUGCGGGAGCACGGCCUGUCGCUGCUGAGAGUUGAGCUCAAGAGGCACAAGGACGAGGCCUUUGGCAUAUUUUACCACGUCACGGACACCGGCGGCGAGGUGCGCACUGAGGCAUUGCGCGCUGUGCAGGCGAGGGUCGCCGAGAUGGACAUCUCGCUAAACGUUGUGAAGGAGGCCCCUGGCUGGCCGCCCGUGAGGAAGACCAGCGUGCCAGCCCCACCCGUCGCCGGGCUCAGCCUCAGGAGAGGCCCAGACCUUCCCUGGGGAGCCUUCUAUGGUCACACCUUGGGAAGCUCUCGAAUAACUUCAACUACAUCAGGUCUUGAAACCUGUUCGGAGAACAAUCCACCUGUUGUUCUUCUGCAAUCUGCAUAG